AUGCAUCGUACAAUACAUUACGCAAGCGUUAUCUGUUCUCAUAUCAAUAAAUGCGAUCCAUGCGAAUGUGACAAAGAAUUGAGUUUUGGUUGCACUGAGAACGUUAUUUUGCAACUGAUCUUCAAAAUAUGCGAAGAUUGUGAAGAUGUUUUUGAACAGCAACAGGAACAAACGUCUCAUUCAAAAGUACAUCUAUUUUUGGCGGCUCUGGACUUUAUUGCAAAGGGAGAUGGUUGGGAUCGUGAUGCAAUUGCUAUUGCGGCUGAAAGUCUAGAGUAUUCCGUCAAACACCGGGACCAUGGCUUGGUGGAGCGCGGCCGCACACGUGCUUUGGAAAGAAUUCAAGGCAUUAUUGAUGAUGUCAAUCCAUCCUCUAUCUACAUUGCGGACGACACCAUCUCGCAAGACGGGUGUGAAUGGGACAUGGAAAAAGUGAUGGUGGAUCCAAUAAUUGAAUACGCAGGGGACGACAUAGCAAUCAUAAGAAUUAAUACUGUCGGGUAG